AAGGUGCAUGUAAAAGAAACUGAAGAUCUUAUGUCACCAAAUUAUAAAACUUUGAAAGUUAUUAAACAAAUUCAUAAAGAGGGUUGCAAAAUUUAUAUAAUUCUUAUAGCAAAUGGUUUUCAAGUAGCUAGAUUCUUGAAAUUCAGUGAUCGAUAUCGUAUGAUUGACACAAGAGCAAAUUUUAUGUUACUGUAUGAUACACGAGUAUUUCAAUCAGAGUUACACUAUUUAUGGAAACGGAUAGUGAAUGUUGCAUUUAUUCGUCGAUAUCACAACAACAAAUUUAGAACUAAAUCGCAUCGAAUAUCAAAUAAGACAUCAACUUGGUUUGAAUUAAGUACUGUACCAUUUCCAAAUCCUAUACGUACGAUACUUAUACCAAGACGUUUAGAUAUAUGGAGUUCAGGCAAAUUUAAUUCCAAUGCUAGUAUAUUUGCGGAUAAAACAAUGAAUUUAAAUGGUCAGCCAUUACGAGUUAUUAUAUUACAACAUAUUCCAGCUGUGGUGAAGGCAUUAUCAAAUCAAAACACUAAUUCAACAGAAAAUGAUAAUUCGGCAAAUUCUAUGAUGAACACUAGCAACGUCUAUACAGGAGUUGAAGUUGAAGCUCUGAAAGUACUCGGUAAAGCAAUGAAUUUUAAUCCAAUAUUAUACGAAGCCGAGAAAUCUAUAGAAAAGCAAUGGGGUCGAAAGCAAUCUGAUGGUUCAUUUGAUGGCCUAUUGGGAGAAAUUAUUUCAGGCAAAGCUGAUAUUGCACUUGGAGAUUUACAUUACACGCCUUAUCAUUUGGAUUUAAUUGACUUGACAAUUCCAUACAAUACAGAAUGUUUGACUUUUCUAACACCUGAAGCAUUAACAGAUAAUUCCUGGCAAACAUUGAUAUUGCCUUUUAAAUUGUACAUGUGGAUCGGUGUAAUAAUUGGAUUAUGUUUAGGUGGUUUUAUAUUUUAUGCACUAGCCCGUUUUCAAUAUUUUCUGAAUGAAAAACAAUCAGAUACUGUUGAAAUUGUACCAUGGAUUCCACCUGAACCAAAUUAUUCAUUACAAGUGUAUGAUAAAUCGAAUCUGCCAGCUAAUUAUUUUCCAGUUAAACAAUCAUUUAUACCAGAACAAAAACCCGAAGGAUUAUAUCUGUUUGGUGAACUUUUUAAUAGUUUUUUAUACACAUAUAGCAUGUUACUUGUAGUUUCACUACCUAAAUUACCUACGGGAUGGUCAUUAAGAAUGCUAACCGGAUGGUAUUGGUUGUAUUGUAUUUUAAUAGUUGUAUCUUACCGUGCAAGUAUGACUGCAAUUUUAGCAAAUCCAGCUCCUAGAGUAACAAUCGAUACAUUACAACAAUUAGCAGACAGCAGUGUUCGAUGUGGUGGUUGGGGUGAACAAAUUUUAGAUUUUUUUCAAACUUCUCUUGAUUCAAACGGACAAAAAAUUGGACAAAAAUUUGAAAAUGUAGAUGAUCCUGAUGAAGCUGUUACAAGAAUUGCAAGAGGCGAAUUCGCUUACUAUGAAAAUAAUUACUAUUUAAAAGCAAUAAGCGUAAAACGACAAGUGAAAUUGCAACAGAAUGAACAAGGAAAUUCCAGUUUGGAAGAAACUAACGACGAAGAAACAAAUAACACUUCGAUAUACAAAGUAAAGAAUGAACGAAAUCUUCAUAUAAUGAUCGAUUGUGUUAUUAACAUGCCAAUAUCAAUUGGUUUGCAAAAGAAUUCGCCAUUAAAACCUAGAGCUGAUAAAUUUUUAAGACAAGUUAUUGAAGCUGGUCUUAUAGAAAAGUGGCUAACUGACGUUAUGGCUCCUACAUUAAACGCAGAAAUUCAACAAGACGAUAAAACUAAAGCAUUAAUGAGUUUAAAGAAAUUGUAUGGGGCUCUAGUCACAUUAGUAGUAGGAUACGGAAUCAGUAUACUAAUAUUAAUUGGUGAAUUAAUUCAUUGGCAUUUUUAUGUAAAAAAGAAACCAUACUUUGAUAAAUACUAUAUCAAGAAGUAUUAUGAAUAUUUAAAUCAUAAUCCUCUACCAGAAAUUGAAAGUAUAACUAAUAAAACUGACCUUUAA